UUAAUUUAAACGACCUAGAUUUACUUGUUCAACUAUAACCUUUAACAUUCAUCAUAUAAACGAAUUGUACAACUUUCCUUUCAAUUGAUAACCUUCAAUGUGAGAUAAAAGCACCAAAUCCAUGAGUGAAAUAUGAAUAUAUGUCUGUAUAUGCGAGUACAAAAGUUGGAGUUCCGUUAAAACAAUGCAGAGUAUUUUAUAUUCAUCAAAAGCAAACAGCUGUGACCCAAAUCGCUUAAAAAUUAAUCAAAAAGAGUUCCAAUAAAAUUGGAAAAUAUAUUUAAAUAAAUAGCGCAUUUAUCACGAUGCAUUCUUAAACGGAUAUUCAAAAUGAAAACACAAUUUUUAGUGCUGUCUUUCUUAGUGUUAUUUCUGCUCACCACUGAAGCCUGCAAUACGGAUCAGGAUCGUGCGAUUUGUGCGAAUACGCUAAGCCGCUGCCUGGAAACUGAAGGUAGCAGACCCACUCCAAACCCAGAAGAGACCGUAAUCGCUUUCAACACUCAGUGUCGUGCUAGAAUUGGUUCCGCCUGGCGCGAUGUGACCCGUUGCGGUUUGUUGCGCGCUAUCUGCGAAAUUACUAUUGUGCGUUGCCAGAAAGUCUCUUGCCGCAGUGUUCUGGCGCUCAAUCCGUAGAACUUAUGCAACUUGAAGAUUAUCUUAUGAUUAUGACUUCGGUUCACUUUACAAGCGAUGUUAAUGUUUUUCUUUUUUAAUUCCAUGUAAUAAAUGUUUUUUUGACUUCCAA